AGAUUGCAUUAUGCGCAAUUCUGAAUGCAAUUUACUGUGCCAUUGAUUUUGCAUUAAAUUGGCUUAGGCCGUGCGCUCCGCUCGGAUCGGAAAAGUGCGGGAAACCCCAAUUUCCCGCUGGCACGUUUGAGCUUAGAAUUAUGUUCUUAGAACGGCUUAAUGCAAAUUUCAAAUUCAAAUUGCGACGGAAGUGCGGCGCCACCUGGCGGUUACCACGAGCGCGUUCAAACGGCGCCCUCUUGCGGAAAUCCCGUGAGCAAAACAGCUGUUUCCAGCCGCUGGUAUUUUUUAGCACAUUUAUCCAUGCUGCGGCGUUGUUUUGGAAUGGCCAUGAAAUAUAUUGACAUUGGGGCCAACCUGACGGACCCCAUGUUCCAGGGCUGCUACGGCGGAACCCAGAAGCACGAGCCCGACCUGCACAUCGUCUUGGAGCGCGCGUGGCAACAAGGCCUGCAGAAGAUCAUCGUCACCGCCGGCUGCCUGAAGGACGUGGAUGAGGCACUGGAACUGGCCUUCAAGGAUGAGCGCAUCUACACGACAGUGGGCACACAUCCCACACGAUGUGAGGAAUUCGUAUCGGACCCAGAGGGCUACUACGACCAGUUGCGAUCCAGGAUCAAGGCAAAUCGCACCAAGGUGCUGGCCGUUGGGGAAUGUGGUCUGGACUACGAUCGCUUGCAGUUCUGCGGUCGGGAAACCCAGCGUCUGUACUUCGAGAAGCAGCUGGAGCUAGCGGCCGAGUUUAAACUGCCUCUCUUUCUGCACAUGAGAAAUGCUGCCGAGGAUUUCAUGAGCAUCUUGGAAAGAAAUCGCGAUAAGAUCGAGGAGUGCGGCGGCGGGGUGGUGCACAGCUUUACAGGAACUUUGGAGGAGGCCCAGCGCAUCCUGGCCUUCGGUGGUCUUUACAUAGGUCUCAACGGGUGCUCCCUGAAGACGGAAGAAAACGCAGAAGUGGUGCGCAAGCUGCCCAACGACAGGAUAAUGCUAGAAACCGACUGCCCGUGGUGUGGCAUUCGACCCUCGCAUGCAGGACACAAGCACGUGACCACCAAGUUUCCCACCGUCAAGAAGAAAGAGAAGUGGACAGCCGAAUCCCUAAUAGACGGACGCUGUGAGCCUUGUCAAAUCAGCCAAGUUUUGGAGUCCAUUGCUGGAAUCAAACAGGAGCCCAAAGAAGAGCUGGCUGCGUUAUACUACCAAAACACAUUGGACUUGUUCUUCGGCACAGCCGAGAGUAAAGAAUAAAACAACAUGCAUUUACA